AUGAAUUCUUCACUCUUUCUGGCUGCCCUUUGCUUGGGUAUAGCCUCAGCUACUCUGAAACAUGAUCAAAGUUUAGAUACACAGUGGUACCAGUGGAAGUCAACAUACAGGAGACCAUAUAGUGCGGAUAAAGAAGAUUGGAGGAGAGCAGUAUGGGAGAAGAAUAUGAAAAUGAUUGAACUGCACAAUCGGGAAUAUAGCCGAGGGAAAUAUGGCUUCACAAUGGCCAUGAAUGCCUUUGGUGACAUGACCAAUGAAGAAUUCAGACAGGUGAUGAAUGGCUUUCAAAACCAGAAACACAAGAAGGGGAAGAUGUUCCGUGAACCUCCCUCUGGUCAUAUUCCCAAAUUUGUGGAUUGGCGUCAGAAAGGCUAUGUGACUCAUGUGAAGAAUCAGGGUCAGUGUGGUUCUUGUUGGGCUUUUAGUGCAACUGGUGCCCUUGAAGGACAGAUGUUCCGGAAAACUGGCAAAAUUGUUUCACUCAGUGAGCAGAACCUGGUAGACUGCUCUCGGUCUCAAGGCAAUAAUGGCUGCAAUGGUGGCCUAAUGAAUUUUGCUUUCCAGUACAUUAAGGAAAACAAAGGCAUUGAUUCAGAGGAUUCCUAUCCAUAUCUUGCAAGAGACACAAAUGUCUGUAACUAUAAACCUGAAUAUUCUGCUGCCAAUGACACUGGCUUCGUAGACAUCCCUCAACGGGAAAAGUCACUGAUGAAGGCAGUGGCAACUGUGGGUCCUAUCUCUGUUGCUAUUGAUGCAAGCAAUCCAUCCUUCCAGUUCUAUAAAUCAGGCAUUUAUUAUGAGCCAGACUGCAGCAGCAAAGUCCUGGAUCAUGGGGUUCUGGUGGUUGGCUAUGGCUUUGAAGGAAAAAAUUCAGAAAACAAUAAAUUCUGGAUUGUCAAGAACAGCUGGGGUACAGUUUGGGGCACAAAUGGCUAUGUGAAGAUAGCCAGAGACCAGAACAACCACUGUGGAAUUGCCACAGCAGCCAGCUACCCUACAGUGUGA